UCUCCCGCCACCAGGUCAGGAGGAGAGCGGGACGGGCGAGUCCUGCGACAACUUCACAGACCUGAACCUGUCCCACUGCUUCAUGGGAACCGCCCUGUACGUGAGGCUGCUGCUCUACACGCGCUCCAACCUGGCCUGCGGCCGCGAGCUCCGCCACCACCGCCUGUCCUCCCAGCCGCUCUUCCACCUGUCGCGGCCCACCGCCUUCGUCAUCCACGGCUACCGGCCCACGGGCGCGCCCCCCAUCUGGAUCGACCACCUGGUCCACCUGCUGUCCGAGCAGGAGGACAUGAACGUCGUCGUGGUGGACUGGAACAAGGGGGCGGCCAACCUCAACUACUUCACCGCCGUGACCUACACCCGGGAGGCGGCCUACAACCUGACCGGCUUCAUCAGGACCAUGCAGGAGGAAGGAGCCUCUCUGAGUUCAGUGCACCUCAUCGGCGUCAGUCUGGGAGCUCACCUGGCUGGAUACGUAGGAGCAAACCUGAAGGGAAAGAUUGGACGAAUCACAGCUGGGUCUUUGGAACAAGACAAGGACUUCUACCGUGGAUCUCGAGGUACCCACUGCCGGCCUAUAUGGUACCAGGAGAGCACGAGGAGCCCCAGCAGACCCAGGAGUCUGCAGGGCAGCAUCCUUCCUACGACCACAGAGACCUCAGAGAGGAAGACGGAGAGACGGAGAGAUGGAGGAGAAGGAGCUCUGAAUGCAGAGUGA